CGCUUGCAAGCGCUUCAGUCUAUAAGCGACAACGUGUACGAGCGGUCGCGUUCUUAUUCUUUUGCCCGCUAAUAACUAACCAACACUAACAAAUAGCCAAGCAAAGUUUGAAGAGUAGUAGUCAAGCAAAAACGCAGCUUCUGAAAAUUGCCAUUAAAACAAAAUUUUCGAGAGUAUAAAAAUUCGCGCGCUUAUUUUGAAAAAUAUCAGCGCUUCAAUUAAACAAAUUUUAUGUGCCGAGUGACUAAACGCGCUGCAAAUAAUUCUAGAUCAGCUGUUAAAUUUGAUCAUAAAGCGGUCAGCUGUGUCAAUCAAUUGCCCAGCCAACCGGUCAGUUAGUUCAAAAAAGCCCGUUUGCCGUAGUAGCGCCGCUUAGUUUUCCAACGCGUGUCAAACAAAUUAGCGAAGCUGCCUUAUCUAGUCAAACGCUCUUUGCUGCAGCGCCGAUAUUUGUGCAAACGCUUUGCGAAAGAGGUGAAAAGCGGCAAGCUCAUUAGCGAAAAUUACGCAAGUAAACAAAUAAACAAGCGCGCGUCUGUGUGAGGGUCAACCAUAAACCCACACGCUGAUAGGCAAAUCACCACACCGACCUACCCAAAUUGCUUGCUCUAGACUGUCGCUGCUUUACAGCCGCUUUCCUAUUUCCGCUGCCGCUUUGCGAAAAUAUUCAAACAAUAUUUAAAGUGUCGGAAACGCCAUUUCCUACGAAAGUCCAGGCAUACAUUUUCCAACGCCACUCGCCAACGGAAACGGUAAAUUCUGCUUUUGCCAUUGUUACUUGUGGUGUUGGCCCAUUGUUUGGAGUCCGACUUUAAGCCAAGCUCUUUGCUUACAACUCGCGUACGCGCUUCGCCAUCGCGUUCAGUGUUUGUGCGUCGCUGUCUGCGUUUAGUUUCUUUCUAUACGCCUCUCUCCCCGCAUACUGACUGUCGCGUGGUCGCGUUUCGCCAGGUUGAACAGGAAAAAUUUAUCUCUCAAAAAAAGUGUUAAAUCGUUUUACGGAAAUACUGAGCGAAAACUUAGUUGGUAAUACAAAUAAUUUUGUGUCCAAGCAUUGUUGAAGUGUUCAUGUGAAAUUAGAGAAAGCGAAAAGUAAGAAAGUGAUUUUGAAAAAUACUCGUAAUUGUUCAAAGUUAAAAGCGAAGAAUUUUUUGAAGUCAAACUCAUCACUUGAGUGCUGGCAGCGCGUCCGAGAGUGUUGAAGAGAAAGUGAAGUGAAUUUUAUAGGUGUCGCACACCUUUUAUUUAAUACCUGCUACAAACAAAGCUGCAUACAUACAUAUGUACGAGUGCCUCGCUGGUUUCGGUGCCCUUCAAAAACAAUAAAAACAAAGGAAUGACUGCCACACUCUCUUCAACCACUGCAUAGAUAGGUAUACCUAGCGUCCUCUGUUUUCUAUUGCAGAUUUAUGCGCUUAAUUAAAUUGCGUGGAAAAUAAAAAAGAAAAACUCGUGAAAACGUUUGAGCGGAAUAGCAGCAAUAAGCAGCUUAAAUUCAAAUAAAAUAGUGACUAACAUUAAUUUGGUAAAACAUAAAAAAUAGCUAACAAAACGAAUCAAAGUAAGUGACUAACAAAAAAAAUUUUAAAGAAGUACAUUUUCGGGAGUACGUACAUACAUAAAUAAAUAAAAUCUUGUGAAAUUUAGAACUGUUAAAAGAAAUUCGUUGUUUUCCAAUUCCCAAGCGUCUACAUAGCAUACUUUUUAAAUAGUGUUGAAACAUUUUUGCAUAAAAUAAGAACAAGCAAGUACACACUCUAAAGGAGUUGAGACAAAUAAGUGAAUCAACUAAAGUUGUACAAUAGUUUUGAAGGCAAUAAUGUAAAAAAACAGCGUGCGUAUGCUCAAACUUGCUUUAUCUCUCUCACACAAACAUUUGCAUAUUAAAAGUUAGCAAAAAAAAAUUACCAAAACAAAUCAACACAAAAUCCACUCACAAAACCAAAACUUAAUAAAAGCUCUAUCUCGCUCUAUAAUUAUACCCGCAAAACUAUCCCCAAACCAUCCGCAAAUAACCGCUACAUUUCACUGAGUUAGUGCCAGGGAUAUUGGUUGAACUUCCUUGUGAAAGCUUGUGUAUAAGUGUGUGAAAGCUCACCGUUGAAAGCUUCCGGAAAUAUAUAGCCAAAAUAAGCAUAGCAACAGUGAGUAGUAGCAGCAGCGCUUGCAAAAAGUGUCAACAAUUUAAGGACAGUGUAAAAAAGAACUAAGCUCAAAUAAACGCGCGCUUUUAAGCUUCAUAUCGGUUCGCCGCCUGCUCCCCUAUCCACAAACGAAAUUAAAACCCCCGGCUUGUACCCGCAUAUUUACAUUGAUACAUCUAGAGUACUUUCAUACAUAGUACACAAGAAGUAAAAGUGAAACGAAACGUAAAACUUAAAACCGCCAAAAAGCUCCCGCUGCUAGUAUAAUUUGCUGCAAAAAAGUGAGAAAAUAUUUUCAACUUAAUUAUAUUAAUAAUUCCUUGUUGUGCGCCUGCAUAUAGCCGCUGCAUUAAACAAACCAUUUAAGUAUACAAAUAUAACGUGCAGCAAGUAACGGAAAUCAGCUGUUGAAUUCUGUACUUUGACACCUGAAAGUGGACCACGCAUAUGUACAUGCUUAGGUGUAGCAAGUAGCAAUUAGCAUAAAUGUGCGCCAAAUAUUGCGUAGCUUGCCAUUUUGUUGCUAAGCUUUAAAGUUGCCGUCGAAAAUAAUUGCCGCGCAAAAAGCUCAUUGUUCCAAAAAAGCAGCACAGCCGCGCAGUGAGCGCACUAUACUCUACUUGAAUGCAGAACUUAUACAUAGCCUUCUAGUAUAAAUCUAAGCGCAUCUAAGCGAAAACCACGUUUUUUGAAAUUCUAGUCAUCGACUAUUUCACGUUGCCAUAGUGACGAGGAGAUGUGAGCAAAAACGCGUCAAACGUGAGCAACAAGUGUUUUUUUUAGCAGAAAACCGCGCCGCAGGUGUCAGCCGAAACGUCAUAUGUAUUCGCAUUUUUCAUGAAAUUAAAAAUUUUGAAAUUUCAAAAACGCUAAAUUUUUCAAAAUAAACACGCCGUUUGACAGUUAUUGGAAAAAAGUUUUUUUUUUUAACAAAUAAACAAAAAGUGAGCUCAACAACGCAGACAACGAAGGCUCUAGUCGAGCCACGACCACCAACCAACUGCGUUAUAUCCGUGGUGAAACCUCGCAAGCUUGAUAAAAGCUCAGCGGAAAACGCUAGCAGAGAAGGAGGACAAGUGGGUGAUAGAAGCAGCAAAAGUCUACGUAAUUGAUUUGGCAAGGCCUACAUACUACAACAACAGCAACUCGAAAGUUCAUUGAUUGCUUGCUGCUAAUCGGAGGCACAAUCAAAGUGCAAGAGACUAGAAUUCAUUUGUGAUAGCAAAUUCUUAAAAAAAACGCGUUUACUUCGCGAUUCGGGUGUGACACUUUCUAAAAAAAAAUUAAAGGGUAAACCAAAUUUUACCAAUAACAUCCCGUUCCAAAUAACAACACAAAAACACUCACAAACAAAAAAAAGUAUAAACAACUAAAAUGGCAGCUGUCGUGCACGUGAAUAGCCUUUUGAAUGGCAAGGAUUCACGCUGGCUCCAAUUGGAGGUGUGUCGCGAAUUUCAGAGGAAUAAAUGCUCCCGCCAAGAUACUGAAUGUAAAUUCGCACAUCCGCCCGCCAACGUGGAGGUACAGAAUGGAAAGGUGACCGCUUGUUAUGAUAGCAUCAAGGGUCGUUGUAAUCGUGAUAAACCGCCGUGCAAAUAUUUUCAUCCACCACAGCAUUUGAAGGAUCAAUUAUUGAUAAAUGGACGAAACCAUCUUGCCUUGAAGAAUGCACUGAUGCAACAGAUGGGUAUGGCAACUGGACAGCAAGUCAUACCGGGACAAGUGCCAGCAGUGGCCACAAAUCCCUACUUAACUGGCAUACCAGCCAAUCCAUACCCUAGUCCAUAUUAUGCGCCUGGAACUUUAGUGCCUGCAUUACUCGGACCAGAUCACACACAAUUGGGUCAAGUGGUGCCACAAACGGUGCAAGUAGCACAACAGAAAAUCCCACGUUCCGAUCGAUUGGAGCACCAUCAUUCGACCGCCACCAUGCAGACGUCCGCUGCCGUUGUCGCCGCUGCAGCCGCCGCUGCUCAACAGCAGGCCGCCCAAGUUCAAGCCGUCCAGGGUACAUCGCAAACGAAUGCCGCCAAUGCUGCCGCCGUUGCCGCUGCUGCUGCGCUCGCCAUGGGUGCGAGCGCUGCUGGCGGCGGUGGGGGCGCUGGCGCUCAUCAUGCGCAGCAUCAUCAUCAUCAUCAGCUGGAAGUGGGCAAGAAACGUGCCGCCGCGGACAAUGACAUGUUGCAACUGAUGGAUGUUAAAACGGUUGGUUCAUUUUACUAUGAAAAUUUCGCUUUCUCCGGCAUGGUUCCGUUCAAGCGUCCCGCUGCCGAAAAAUCCGGUAUUCCAGUGUAUCAGCCCGGCGCGACCACCUACCAGCAACUCAUGCAACUGCAACAGCCGUUCGUACCAGUGUCAUGUGAGUACCAAUCUCAAAAUGGUGGGGCGCCAUUGAGCGCCACUACCAGUACUUCUACUUUGAGUACUUCUACUACUUCUACUACUACUACUACCAAUAUGAAUCCGUAUAAUGCUACUACUGCAACAGCAGCAGCACAAGCAACCGCCGCCGCCGCCGCAGCAGCAGCCGCCAGUACAACAACAGCGGCGGCCUCAUUAUUAGGUGCUAGUAUUACAACAACACAACAACAUCACCUCCACCACCACCAACAACAACAACAACAGCUACACAACCAACACUUGCAACAGCAGCAACAACAACAACACCAGUUGCACUUAUUGCCACCACCUCCACCAUCCUCUGCAAUACCCUCAACAACAACAACCGCCACAUCCAAUUACCAUUCACACCAUCAUUACAGUAGCAAUAGCACCCUGUAUAAUAGCAACAAUAAUAUAAAUAAUAAUCAUGACAAUAGCAAUUCUAGUGCCCUAACACCCCCUACCUCAACCUCCCCUCCCUCCACAGCAAACAGCACGCACCACUACUCAUCCAUGCACACAGAAUCAUUGCAAACAACACCACCACCCCUAAAUGAAAACCGUACAGCAGCAGCAACAACAACAAAUACAGCAGCAGAUGUUAGUAGUUUGUAUGAGACAAGUAGUAGUAGCGUACACAUGCAGGCUAGUAAUAACGGUACAGAUGUGAGUAGCAAUGGCUCGUCGUCGCCACCGCCACCAGCAGUGUCCUCCUCGCCGACGGCAACAGCAGCAACAAUUUCGUCAACGUAUUUACCAUAUGGCAAUGGCGAUAGUAACAUGGCUAGUAGCAACAACAAUAACAAUAAUGUAUUAUAUGUGAAUAAUAAUAUUUUGAGUAGUGGUAGUAAUAAGUUAGCGCCCGCCAUGACAACAACACCACCUACAGCAGCCACCGCAGCAGCAACAGCGGCAGUUGAAUGCGACAGUGAAGACAUCGCUGGCGACGGCAUCAAUGCGGCUACUACGACCGCCACAUCGGCAGAUAUAGGCGCUAGCAUAACAACAACAACGACUACAACUGCUGCAACUGCCACUGCUGCUGCUGUGGGUGAACACACUAUAGACACCACAAAAACAGCAGCAACCACAUUGGCACUAACCCCGCAAACGGACAAUGCUAGCACAUAUAGAAGUGAUAGAGAAGCUAGCGGGGAUAGCAGUUACAACAGCAACAAAAGCAGCAUCACUAAUAGCUAUAGCUACAGCAAGUACACGUACAAUGCUUCCGCUAACCAAUACAGCGUCGCCAAUUCGCCGGUCAAGUACACCACACACAAAGCGUCAACGGCCGCUAGUACCGCCAACGACUUGGCUUACUCCGCAUACGCCGCUUACGCUUCACAAGCACAAGCACACGCUGCACAAGCCGCACAUGCGUAUGUUACAGCCGCCUCCUCUUAUCCGUCCACCAGUCUUUCGAAUGGCGCGCACGCCGACUCGCAGUCUUACAACAGCUACAGUGGCUUGAACGGUCACGCCACCUCCACUUCAUCCACCGCCGCCACUGGCAUAUUGCCCACACCACAUUCGGUUGCCUCCACGGCUGUUUCCGCCGCCUCAGCGGUUGCCUACCAGCAUGCCCAACAACAACAGCAUCAGCAACAACAAAUGUUGCGUCUCUACAACCAGUACGCCGCGGUGCCCACAAGCGUGGCCACCUCGUACGCCAACCUCCUGGCGGCUUCUCAUGGCGGCUAUGCCACACCCACAACCACAAUGGCGCACAUGUCCGCCGCGUCCGGCAUGACUGUACCAUCGUACGCAUCAGCGUAUGGCAUUACGCCUUCAUCGGCUGCUGCCACUGGCACACUAACACCCACUUAUGCCUACAGCGCCUACGGCAGCGCUACGCCUACAGGCUAUUAUGCCGAUGCCAGCGCUCUUGCCAAGGAGGCCGCACAAAAGAACUAUAUUAAUGCGAUGAAGAUGGCCGCCGCUGCCAACGCAACGGCCUUGAGCGGCAAACCGCUUACCGCUGCUGCUGCUGCCAUGCCAACCGCAGCCAGCUAUGCCGGCCUACAAUUGGGUAAAGCCUACAUGACCGCGCUGCCAAGUAGCGCCAAUGCCAUAGCUGCCCAUCAACAACAUGCCGCGCUACUGCAGCACGCCGCACAUGCCCAACAGGCGGCACAGUCUCAGCAGUUGGCUGCCGCUCAUGCACAGCAUGCCGCAUAUGCGCAGCAGCUGCAGCGUUCAGCCCUGUCGGCGGGUUCGCUGCCCAAUUCGGGCAUGUCGACACCUGUCGGUACGCGAGUGCAUACACCCACACCAGGCACCGCAGCUGCAGCAGCCGGUGGACUACUGACACGACCUUCUUCCGCUGCUGGCGGUUAUAUUAGCGCAGCUGCGGCGCACAAUGCGCUGCGUCCUCAGGCUAUGCAGCUGGCUGCCGCACCUACAGCCGCCGCUGGUAAUCCGCAAUAUGCCGCUGCCGCCGCUGCGGCUGCAAUGCAACAGCAAGGUUUCUUUUACCCAGCUGGAAUGAUGGCUGCGCCGGCAGCCGCCGCUUAUCCAUAUGCGGCUAUUGGUGCCAUGCCAACUGGUCUACCAACGGCGGCGGGUAUGCCAGCCGCGCUGCCUGGUAUGGCCGCGGCGCCGGGCAGUGCUACAGGCAGUGCCAUGGUGUUGAACCCAUACAAGAAGAUGAAGACAUCGUAAAGUGUCUUCCGAGGAGGCGGAAAAGCGCAUAUGCAUCGUGAGCUUCAGAGACUUACGAAACUAACGGAUAUGACAAACUUACUUGUUAGCUGAGUCUAACAGAAAACCGGCAAGGUGCUGCGUUGCAACUUUUUAUGAGAAAAAGCUUGGCAAAAGCUUUUUGCAGCGCCUAGUCGUAGCACUUGUACUUAAAAAGUUACUUAAGCGUACUUUACGAAACGAAUAGUUGGACUUUCAAACGAAAUUUUUUUAUAUUAAUAUUUAGUGCCUAUUUUUCGGGUAUAACCUAAAAUGACGAGCUAUCGAAAGCUUUGUACAGCCUAUGUGAUGGAAAUAAAUUAAUAGAGAUUUUAGAGAAAAACUUAACAACGACAAAAUGCCACUUGCAGUGAAUCUAUAAUUCCUGAAAAUAAAACUAAACGCCGCUAAGCUUUCGCACUAAAAAAAUGUGCUUUUAUUCCGUGCUUUUUUACUCCUUCGUCUUUUACUCCUGCUUUGCUAACAAUUUGCACUCAAAAGUGCUCAUGAGUUUCUGCAUAGCGCUGAAAGCUCUACCUUAAAAGCUUACACGUGAAACAUGAAAUGAGAUUUGCAAUAAAAAAUAAAUUUAAGUCACACACCUUUUCAAAGCUUCUCUAAGUAGAAUGACGUUGCCAUAAAAAGGUAUAAUAAAUGAGCUACUUCGGCAGUACUUGUUUUAGUCUUGGAAUUUCCAUUUUAACUUUUUAUUGCAUAUGUAUGCUCACAACAAAUUUUGUGUUUGUGAAUUAUUUCUCUGCCUUAUUCAUGCCAUUUAACCGAAAUAGGUUAUGUUUAUGUCGAAAGUUCGAUAUUGCCAUUAAAAAUUUAAAGUAUAGAACACGAGCUUUCGCAAAAGUUCAAUUCUAGAGAAAAAAAAAACAAAAAAUAAACAACAUUUUUUAAAUUAGUGCAUUUUCAUUGUUUUUUUAAUUAAUUUUAGGCAAGCUUAGUAAGCUCAGUUAGAGUAGGAGUAAAACAUAAAAAUUAAAAAAAACAACGAUAAGCACAGCAAACGAUACACUGUGAUAGCUUUUUGAAAUUUCCAAGCAUAAUGAGAAAAAAUGCGAGUCACGUAGGUAAACACAAGUUUAAAAAAUUUUUAAAACCAUAGCGAAAGCUUUCCGAAGUUUGUAGAGUUGUAGUUGUAAAUGAUAUGUUUAAAUUUUCGAAACAAAUUAGUUUGGCAGAACGAUUCAAACAAUUUGAAAUUAGCAUUUAAAUUACGUUAAGCUUUUGAUUAAGGAAAUUGAACUUGAAUGAAGCUUUCACUUUCACAUGACAUUAGUACGUUAAAAAUAUGUGCUUAGCUGUGAAUUAAGUUAUUGCGUAUCAAUUUGUUUUCGUUCCUAUAAAGCCAUGAAAAAUAUACCUACAUAAAAAGAAUUGGGGUUUUACAUGUGGUUCCUAAAAAAGCUUGUUACACCACUUAAAACUUAAGAAAACUGGUAGGAGAUAAAGCUACUAAUAUGUAGAUACAUAGGUAUGCAUAGAGUUAGCUAUGGUUAAACUAGAAGAGAAAUAGUCUUAGUUACGUAUCACCAACGAAGUAAAAGAAUCGAAAAUUAAUAGUAACGAACGCCGUGCUUCAGUGUGUACAACAUAGAUCGGAGCGUUUGAAGAAGUAAAAUAAAUAAAUAAAUACAAAUUAAACAAAAAGGUGGCGUUGUAUUGGUAAGCAGAAGUUGUUGACGUUGUAGCAAACAUACGCACCCGAAACCCAGUGGAAGCUGUUACGCUACAAGCACAUUAUACACCAAAUUUAAUAUUAGAGCUUGGAGGAGUGGAUGAAAGGGAGUUAAAAGUGAAUUAGUUAUGUAAAUCAUUGAAUGAAGGUAAUUGAAAGUCUUCAGCGAAAUUACUAUUGGGAGACCUUUCACCUCAUGAAAGCGUGGAAUAUGUGCUUUGAGCAACUCUUUUCGUUUGCGCUCCUUUUCAGCCGCUCUUUCGCGCUCUCUAUUACUUGAGCACUCACUUUAGUUGUUAUUUAGGUAAGCAACCCUCACUGCGGUUGUUUUGAUAAAACUUUUUCUUUUUGCUCUUUUUUGUUUGUUUAUACAAUUACUUACAAAUAAUCUACAUAGUUAGCUGUAAGUAGUGUGGCUUACUAUUAGCCUAUUUGGUGCUGUGUAUUAUCCACAGGCACUCGAAUUCGUUGUUGUGCUCUCUUAUGUGCUCUCACUUUUAUUACACUCAUAUCUUCUCUGUAAGCUCCUAAUUAUUUGAAUUAAUUCAGUAUAAAGAAAAAUUCAGUUCAAACACUGCCUUUACUAGUACAUAGAAACACAAGGAAGUAUUUUUUUUUUUAAUUAAAUGUUGUUUUGAAAAUAUUUCAAGAUUUCUUCGUUUUGUUAUGUCACAUUCAAGUAAUUUAUUUAAUUUCCAUCGUUCAGCUGUUCCUUUAACUAACUUUAAAUACAGAUAUCCUAUAUAAGUACAUACAUACAUAUGUACCAACAACUACAAUAUGCAACGAAUAUGACGUAAAUGAAGCGCUUAGUAGCGCGCGCUCUCUCUGUGUCUCUCUCUCAGUUGCUAUACGCGGUCGUGCGCAUUACACUGCAAGAAAUGUAAGACACUUGCGUGUUAUUAUCGUAGUUUUUAAUUUGUUUCUAUAGAGUAGUCAGAUAUUUUAAAGCAUUACAUUUAAAUUUGUGGUAGUUUUGCCUUAGAUAUUAGAUUAUAGUGUAGGUGUUUAUAACGCAACUUUUGUUAAGUAAUUAUUUUAAAGAGGAUUUCAUAAUAAUUUAAGCAUUUUAACUUGUUUUCUCGCUCGCUAAAAUUUCGUUUGCUAGUUUUUAAUUGAAGUUUUUUGCGUAUUCUUUUUUUUUAUAAUAAUUUUCUAAGUGUUUGCUGUAUACGUUUAAAUUGUGUAUUGAACCUAUGAAGAGAAAUUGUUAAAAAUGAUUUUGUUGUUAAAAUGCUAACUUUUACAUACUUAGAUCUCUUGUGAUUAUUAUGCGUAAUUUUCUUGUAAUAUUUUUUUUUACUUUAUUUAAUAUAAUAGUAUUUGAUUGACCGUUACUACCUUAAUAUUUUGUGUCAACUUAAGUUUUUGCUUAGUUUACAAACCAAUGAAGUCCAGUGUAAUUUGUGUUAUUUACUUUGCUGC